UUUAGGAACUCAUGUGAGCUGCUGAGGAGGAAGUGACAGUUAAGUGUCUGAUUUAACAAGCUGCUGCAUCUUUAGAUUUCUCUGUACUCUAGAAGCAAAUAUGUUUGCUGAAGUUGUCUGACCUUCAGUUUUGUCUCUUUUUAUUCGUUUUUGGUUAAAGUAGGAUCCCCCUAUCCAUGUUUUAUUCUCUGUAGAGGUUUUUAAAGUAGUUAAAGUGUUUGUAAGGUCCGGACUGAGAGGAUUAGCUCGUGUUUGUAGUCAUGAAAGAGGAGAUUGCUGCUGCUGUGUUCUUCAUCGCUCGGCUGGUGAAGAGGUACGGCUGUCUGGAUAACGACAGCAGGGACCGCUUUGCUGCAGCUCUCACCUCAGUUCUGUUUGAGAACUACAAGAACCACUGGUACCCAAACACACCAGCCAAGGGACAGGCCUACAGGUGUCUGCGUAUGAACCGGGCUCAGCUGAAGGACCUGGUUCUCCAGGAGGCCUGCAGGCAGAGCACCGUAUGCUACGAGGACCUGGGCCUCCCUCUGGAGAUGACGGUGUGGGUCGACCCUGGAGAGGUGUCCUGCAGAUAUGGUGAACACAGCACUCCCUUCUGCGUCUCAGCGGUUAGCAGCUGCCGGCGUGGGGAUGGCGAGUUUUCCCGCCGUAUUCACGAUGCCGUGGAGCGGGCCAGCCAUGACGUCCAAUCGGGAAGCUCUUCUGAUGAGGAGGACGGGGUUGGAGACAACAGCAUGAGUAGCAGCAGCAGUCUAUCAACUCUUUGCUCAGCUUCAGCCCCGCCCACAAACAACGAACCAAAAACCAUCCCAACGGUCAGCAACCCCAACAGCGUCUACCGGUUCAGCGAGUUUUCUCCUGGCGCUCCUCAGAACUGGCUCAGGGAGAAGCGAAAGGUCUUCACCAGCGAAGGUUUCCCUCCUCACACUCCUCCAGCUGGAGGUCCAAACUCCCAGUUCUCCAACCAGAAAGGCUUCAAGUCCUACCGGGCUACGUUCACCUUCACGGGGCCUCGUGUCGACAAGUACCACUGGGUCAGCAAGAGUCGAUCCUGAGCAGGACGAUCCGGAGAACCAGGAUCAGAUUUACCGCUUGGGAUGGGAACGAGGAUGGCGGCCACAAGGCAGCGAAGAGCGAAGUCAAAAAAAUGUCAGGACAAUGAAUGUAUCUUUAAGAGUUUAUGGUUUAAAGUAAUGCUGUUUCAGCAUGUUUUUAUACAUGUAUACUAAUCGACUAUUUUUAAAUAUUCUCUUUAUUAAUGUUUUUUAAAACUAAAAUUAAAGUGAGUGUGAAUAAAGAGCCAUUUAACUGACUUUACAAGGAAAUAAAUGUGUCCGUGUCAGCUCUG